AUGAAGAUAUGGGAUGCGUAUCAAAGCGCAGAGGAGUUAAAGCUUCCGUUCUCGGUUUUCAAGGAGAACUUACCUGACAGACUCUCUGUUAAUCAAUUUGCUGAUUUUACAUGGAAAGAGUUUGAAAGACACAGUGUUGGUGCUGCUCAAAACGACUCUGCCACUAUUAAAGGCAGCCACAAGCUCACUGAAGCUGCACUUCUAGAAACAAUUGUGUAA